GUUUUGGUUUGGAGGGAGUGUGAGGAAAGUGUGUGUGAGGUUCGGGGGUCAGCAUGGAGCCAUGAGCAUAAACAUGGCGGAGGGAAACGGAUUAUGCAAAAACCACUGAAGAGACUUCUGACUAAACCUGGUGGAGGGAUGAGGCCUCGGCCUGAGAAGAACCAUACAAUAUGGGUGCAGAUGGAAUAAGUUUUGCAGAUUCUCUGGAUAAAAUGGAGACGCUGGAAUCGGAGAGGACGAUGAGGAGUUUUUCUCAGAUGGUGUCGCUGAGGAAGAGCAUCACAAAGUUCUUUGGCGGAGUUAUGAGAAGUCUGUCCGUCAUCCUGGGAUCAACAGAGGCAAGCGGAGUGCCGGUGUCGGCCAUGAAGCUGGUGAACGGAGGAGGAGAAGGAGGAGGAGGAGGAGGAGGAGGAGGAGGUGGCGAGAAGACUGCCUUUUCCUUUAAGAAGUGCUCUGCUUUCCAGUUUGUCAAGAGGAAGGUACGAAGAUGGAUGCGGAACCCGAAGGUGAGCGUGGAGAAGGCCCAGGGGAAAGGCCACUUCUACCCCUGUGCCAAGGGUCCGCUGGCCGAGGACCUGUGGUACACGCACACUCCAUCGCCGUACGGCUGCUGUCACUACGCCGGACUGCAGGGGGGCCAGUACUACCAUCAUGAGCCGUGCUCGCCGUGCCCUGCCGGCGGCCAAACCAGCGGCCAUGACAAGAGCAAGGGCUGCAAGGUCAGGAAGUGGAAGAUGCUGGGUCGCCAUCACGAGGACGGCACAGCCAGGCAGAGGGAGGCCGAGUCGGACGGCCACCCGGGGGGUUGUCAGUCCUGGGGGCUCCACGCCUCGCCCCGCCUGGCCAGCCCUGUCAUGCUGGAGUGCUCCGUCUGCAGCGGACCCUACAUCAGCUACACCAUGGAGGACAUCUGGCAGCCGCGCCAACGCACACAGGCGAUGGACCUGUACUACCACAAUGAGUCAGACCCAGACAGCUACUGUUGCCCCGGCGACAACAGUAAGUCACCACCUAACUAA